CAAUCUACAUUUCAACAUCUCUUGCAUUCGUCCCAUACAGAAUUGAACGCAAAAGUAUCAAACCAAUUACCCAGCCUCCUCCAAAUAUGUCUACCUUCCGCGGAGACAACUCCGAUACAAUGGGUGGCUCUGCUCAAUAUCCCCCGGUGCGACAGCGCAGUCCUUUUAAUAGGGCAAAUACCAACCCAUAUCAGUCUUCCUCCCAGGCGGAGGGAAGCCGAGCGAAUGAGAUACCACCACCCAGCUACAGCCUUUGGGUUGACCCUGAAUUGGCAGACGCAUUCCAAUUAGAAGAUAUGAGUCCGGCUGUGAGCCCGAGAAUUCCACCACCUAUCUUCACUGGCGCGUGGCCACUGUAUGAAGUGCCCCUUUCUCCAAUAAGAGAUCGUCCAAUGCAACCUCAGCCGACCGGGAACAACCCAAGCUCUGAUGAAGCUUUUAACUUCAACUUCUUUAAGCCCCGGGCGCAGUCUCGGUGGAAGUAUCUGUUUCUUAUCCUUCUAUUCAUCACGAUAUGCGCUGCUGCGAUAGCCUUCCCGGUGACAGUUUUCAAGUAUCAACACAGUGCACUGCAGAAUACCACGUCAUCGUGCACGACUAUGCAGACAACAAAAUCAUUCGCCACGACGCACACACACAUCUCGACCAAAGCUACGACGGUACACAAGACUUCAACCAUUACCCAUACCACAAGUGUAUCAUCCAGCCCGUCCAGCGAUGCAGUAGCCUGUUCCGACCUUUUGCAAGCGGUCUGCUCGCAUAAAAACCCCUCACCGCUCCCUGAUCUCAGCCGUGGGAAAUAUCAGGGUUGCAGACCCAUCUUCAAACUCUUCUACUGCAAGUUCAUGGACGACGUUGCGGCGCUCGGCAUCAGCCCGCUUGAAGACGCCCUGUCUUGUGCUGGUAUGCGAGAUUUCUGCAACUAGGGUUGAUAUCGAUGAG